AUGUCAACGGCCUCGGCUGAGAAUCCAAUACUGCAGUCGCUCAAUGCGGCCCAGCGCCGUGCUGUCACUUCCAAUGCAUCAACAGUUGCCAUCCUGGCGGGCCCGGGGAGCGGCAAGACGCAUACUCUCACAUCACGCGUUGUGUGGCUAGUUCAGCAAACGGGCUACCAGCCAUCAGACAUCGUUGUAGCUACAUUUACCGUCAAGGCAGCCCGUGAGAUGAAGGAGCGAAUUGGCAAAGUCCUUGGCCCGGAAAGUGAGAAGAAGAUCGUGCUCGGCACCUUUCACUCCAUUGCCCGGCGGUAUCUCAGCGCCUAUGGCAAACACAUAGGUCUUGAUUCCAAGUUUGGGAUUGCCGAUGAUGGCGAUUCGAGGGCAAUUAUUCAGCGCAUAUGUAAACGCCAUGACUUCAACAUCGACCCUGGGUAUGCGAGAUCGUGGAUCAGCAAGAAGAAAGCCAAGGGCCAUGUGACCGACGCACCUUCGAACAAGAAGCAGCCUGAGAAUCCAUCAUUGAAUGAGUGCUACAGGGAGUAUCAGGAGCACCUAGAACGAUCGAACUUACUAGACUACGACGACCUACUAGUGCGCUGCGUGGAGUUGCUGAGAACGUAUCCAGCUUGUGUCUCAAACAUCCAAGCGGUUCUCAUAGACGAAUACCAAGACACAAAUGGCAUUCAGUACGAUUUGAUGAAAUUAUUUGGCCAGGCUCGUCAACGCAUAACGAUUGUCGGCGAUCCUGACCAAAGUAUUUACGGCUGGCGAUCAGCUGAGAUCCGAAACCUGUACCGACUGCUACGAGACUUUCCCCAGACAGAGGAAAUAUCGCUAGAAGAAAAUUACCGCUCAUCUCGGUCAAUUCUCGAUGUAUCUUUAACCGUUAUUCAGCAAGAUAAGAAGCGGUACCAAAAAGUGCUUCUUCCAGUUCAUACAAAAGGCACAAGACCGGUUCUACGAAAGUUAAGGAGCUCUGCUGCAGAAGGUGACUGGAUUGUCUCCGAAAUCAAACGAGCUGUCACAAUGUUUGGGGAGAUGCUCAAGUAUGAAGAUGUUGCUAUUCUGCUACGAUCUGCAUCUCUUUCAAGGCAUAUUGAAUCAGCUUUAGGCAAGGCGGGGCUGGCCUAUCGGAUGAUUGGCGGCCACAAGUUUUACGAACGAAAGGAGAUCAAAGUUCUACUAGAUUAUCUGCGUGUCGUAAAUCAGCCGGAUAACAAUGACUCGGUUGCACGAAUCAUCAACGUCCCCCGUCGAGGAAUUGGAGACACGACAGUCAAGCGUCUCAUAGAAGAGGCCGAGCAGCAAAAAAUGAGCCUGUGGUCGCUGUUGAGAAAGCACUGUCAAGGCAGCCGCAAAGCAACGACAAAGAUAUUACCCAAGAUGGAGCAGAAGCUCAAUGCCGAACUAAUAAGAAUGGUAUUGAAUCUUCAAAGCCACGCUCAGCAAAUCACCGAAAAUAGCCACCAAACGUUGAUUAAUUUUAUUGAGAAGCUACUAUCGCAGCUCGAUUUCAAGCAAUACCUAGAGUCAGAGUAUCCAGAAGAUCACGAGCAGAGAUGGCAAAACGUUCAAGAGUUCCUCAGCUUGGCCAAUGACUUUGUACGGGACUCAGCAAACGCAGAUGAGGAGCUGUUGCCAGAGAUCGAGGAUGUUGAUCAGGCCAAAGACGACAGCACCCUGGGCCGAUUCCUAGCAAACAUAGCGCUAGCAUCCGAUGCUCAGAAAAAUGAUGAAGGGGCGGAGAAGAAAUCAGUGAUUACUAUAUCAACCAUCCAUGCCGCCAAGGGGCUCGAGUGGCCCAUAGUGUUUAUACCAGCUGUCUACGCCGGUUCAAUUCCUCACUCCAGAGCGGAAGACUUGGAUGAGGAAAGACGACUGCUUUACGUAGCAAUGACCAGAGCGCAAGUGCUACUCUAUCUCAGCUGCCCUUUGUACGGAUCCCAGGGCAUGAGUGGCAAGGUUGAGCUAUCGCCUUUUGUUGCGCCUUUUGAGUCGACGGCUUUUGCUAAACAAGGAACAUCAUUUAACAGACCAAUCCUAGAGGCAGCCGCAAAAAUCCUUGGAAGAGAUCUCCUCAGCGAGAAGGCAAUCUUUGACAAGAUUCCGCCCAUGUUCUCUAUGGAGGAUAAUCUGUUCCCAAUCGAUCCCAUCGACGCAAGAGACCCAGAAGGACUUGGCGAUUCACAAGGUUAUCGCUCCAAGGGAUCCAAACGGCAGCGGGUGAACAACCAAGGCUAUGGUAGCGACGAAGAACUUGCCGAAGAACGCCAGUGGAAGAAAGAAUACAGUACGACUAUGGAACAAGCAUCCAGCUUUACGAUGGCCUCUUUGCCCGGCUUUGUAUCGGCUGGAACGCAUCAAAACACCCUGUCUGCGGCCGCUGCUGAAGAAGAAAAGGCAGCAGCAGCCAAAAAGGCCAUAAAGAUGGGCACCACCCGACGAAAAGCAGAUCAGUCAAGCUUGCUCGGGUUCGUAACAACAACAUCAUCAAACAAGCCAGCGGCUCCAAUGACUGGGUUUAAAGGCCCCGAUAUGUCCCUAGCUCGGUAUCAGCUUGCAGCAUCCCGCUCCGCAGCCCGGCUAGCUACUGAGGCGAAAGCCCCUGAGCUGCCAAAGCUUCCCGCCGUCGAUCCAUUAUUGGCAAAACACAAACUCGUGAGCGGCAAUGCUCUGAAUCGGCCCAGCGUAAUAAAGCAAGAAGCUGAAGACGGCAGUUCCAAGAAGCGCUACCACUGCUUCUCUAGCUCCCCGCCAAGGCCAACUGACGACGACGCCAAGGCAAUCAAACAAGAGCAGGUCACUCCUACGGAACCUACUCCUGUACCAGACCGGCCUGCCACAAGCUUCCACAGGACGACUUUUGUUUCGGCCACGGCGAGAGGCGGCGUAAGACGUCCAGUGGGCUUGGGCCCUCCGCCGGGGAUUGAUAGGGUUCGCAGGCCGUUUAAGCCGUUGACGAUAAUGCGCCCAGCGAAGCAAUGA